CCCUGACUGGUAGCAGCCAGAUAGCGGAAAACAACUAGAGAUGAUGCUGGAGAGCUCGGAAUCUUUGAACAGAUCCAGAGAGUGAAUAAAUGCGUUUUUCCAUAAGGAUAUCGCCUUGAGCAUUUGUGGUUCGCUUUUCGAGACUGACGUUUUAUCAAAAUGAUGGAGGAAAUUGACAGAUUUCAAGUGCCACCAGUGAAUCCAGAGAUGAAGCUGCUGGACCCUGCAGAAACGUCCACCAUCGAGACUGAAGCAGCUCCGAGAGAACCAGAGUCGGUCGCGAUCAACUACAAGCCUUCCCCGCUACAAGUCAAGAUAGAGAAACAGCGAGAGCUUGCGAGGAAGGGCUCAGUGAAGAAUGGAACUGUGGGUAGUCCAGUCAAUCAGCAACCCAAGAAAAAUAAUGUCAUGGCCAGAACAAGGUUGGUUGUCCCUAAUAAAGGCUAUUCAUCUUUAGACCAGAGUCCAGAUGAGAAGCCGCUUGUAGCACUGGACACUGACAGUGAUGAUGACUUUGAUAUGUCCAGAUACUCAUCAUCUGGAUAUUCUUCAGCCGAGCAAAUAAACCAAGACUUAAACAUCCAGCUUCUGAAGGAUGGCUACCGGUUGGACGAAAUCCCUGAUGAUGAAGACCUUGACCUCAUUCCCCCCAAAUCUGUAAACCCCACCUGCAUGUGCUGCCAAGCUACUUCCUCCACAGCCUGUCAAAUUCAGUAACCAAACUCUCCUCCUGUCCCGACCUAAGAGUCCAGCUUGAACCCUUCGCAUAGAUUAACUACUAAAGAACUUCAGAACAGUAGAGUGAGUGUAUUAUAAUUAAUAUCAAUUAGGGGAAAAAAAUAAUAACGAACGGGAAGUAUAUGUUACAGUUAAUGGUUCCUCCUAUGGUAGGACGCAAGUCUUUAUAUCUCCACCAGAGGGCGCUAGAUUUAGGUGUGUAUAGAUGUAAGAAGCAUUGAAUUGUAUAUAAAUGCAUGGUGCAACAUCAGAAGAAAACAGCUGCUCGAGUAUUUUAAAAACAGAACAAAAAAAUGAACAUUUCACACUACAGGUUCCUCAGUAUCCUUGUUUUUUGGUUUGAAGUAAGAAAAAGACCCUUAAAUCGUUAAAAUUGUUAACCUUUUUAUGUUUUAUUUUUAUUUAAAGUCAUUUUUAAACAUGAUUACGAAACAAAAUCCACAUUUUGUUUAAAUGCUUUAAUUUAGGUUUAAAUUACGAGUUGCACUUACAAUAUGAUAUCUCUUCGAUUAAUAAAAUGGUGAAAACUGAUCGAAAGGGACAUAUAAAUUUAUACUUUUUUUAUUUAUCAUGAAAAUAGCAUUACUCUUGGUAUUUUAACGUGACAUUAGGAAAUCUUUUCCUUCCAAUUAUAUUCCGGAUGGUAAAAUAAUAUUUAACAACAUCCGUAAUAUCGGUGCAGAAAGACUCAUUUUUGAGUUUCGAUUUAAGUUUCCUUUUAAAAUUGGAUGGAUGAACUGUGAAGAGAAUAAUGAGACCCUGUUGAAUCCCUUUUGGUUUUUAACACUUCACUGAUUGUUUACAGUUUCAUCAAAAUUACUUUAGUAAUUCACACAAAGCAUCGUGGGAUGUAGGAAAAAGGUGAUUCUGUUUAGCUCAUCUGGGCUAAAAAAAUCCAUUUUUGAUUGUUUAUGAUGAUAUUAGGACAGAUGUGCUUGUUUUCUAAUGAAAGGGAGUGUAGAGGCAAAUUUUUCACAUUAUUUAACUCUCGAAUGUAUAUUUUAAAUAUAUUACCAGUAGCUUUGUAGCGAACACUAACGAAGGGAAUGCUUUAAAAGUGCUGUUUUAACAGGGGAUAGUUCACCCAAAAAUUAACAUCGUGUAGUUAUCUUUCACCAUUUCAAACCUAUUUCCUUCUACCGAACACAAAAGAAGCACUUGAGGGUAAGUAAAUGAUAUACAUUUUCAUUUUAGGGUGAACUGUUCCCUGAAAAGUUCCUAAUUUAGCUUUAAAUGGUUUGCUUUAAUAGGUUUUUUAUUUAUUCAAUGUCAAAAACACUUUAAUUUUUGCAUAACGGCCAUUACAACUUUUCUUACAGUGUCUGAAAUGGUUGGUUCUUAUAUCUCUAAACCCCUCCUCUCAUCUCUUAUUGGUCAAAUGAGUCAGAGUGAUUGGUCUACUGUUUACGUCCAGUGUUAAAAAUGACCAUAUCUGAAUAUCCGCUCCGGAGGCUUCCUCAGCUGUUGGAAACACAGAACUAUAAUGAAGUCAGUUCCACCAUAUCACUUUAAGCCCUCGUCCUCAUCCAUGCAGAGUAGAUUUGCUUUCAAGGCACAGUAAACAGAACUGACAACUCAACACCAAACUACUCCAGGUCUCAGCUACAAAUACAGUAUUUGAGUUAAAAGUCGAGAUUGGUUGCAGGCAGCCAGUGAAAAUGAUAAGCUGGCAUUAUGGACAUUUUUAUGUAGGUUUGUACAGAAAGUUAUGCAGUUCAGACUUGUUGGUUCUUUUGACAGACAAUAACUUCAUAUAUCAUGCACUUUGUUUACCUUCACAAAUUAUUACAUUAAACACUGAAAAAGCAUAUUAUGGCAACACAGGCUCAUUGAAAAUACGUGCUUUGGCCUACAUUUUUUGUAAAACUAGGUAAAAUCAAUUUAAAACGUUUGUUCCAUUUCACACUUAUCAUAAUUACAGGCACAUAACAUCGAUAAAUAUAGGAUUAUUUAAAUACAACAAAAAAAUACCACAAAACAACUUAACAGUGUCUAAUGAUUUGCAGUCGAAUAUGUUUCUUCGGUAGCUCACGUUGUACAAUGUGCUUGUGAUGCAAAGCAUUUAGGUUUGCAUUCUGUAAAACAGUUCCACAAUAGAGAUGAAAGCAAUGUAAAAUCAAGGUAAAACGACUUGGUCGCAGUGCAAUUUUUUCUUAUGUUUGCUUCGGAAAACACUAUUGGUUGGGUCAGUGAGAUGCUAGUCUAGUGAUCUGUACAAGCCCUGCUUUCUUGUGGACGUGUACAAGAAUUAUUUGUAUCUGAAACGUACAGUAAAGCAUACUCUAAGUAGCGUAUUUCAUUCAUUCAUUCAUUCAUUCAUUCAUUCAUUCAUUCAUGUUCCUUCGGCUUAGUCCCUUAUUUAUUAGGGGUCGCCACAGCGUAAUGAACCACAAAGUAUUCCAGCAUAUGCAGUGGAUGCCUAUACAGCCGCAACAAUGUAAACAUCCAUACACUCUAACAUUCACACUUGUUACACAGCCAAUUUUGUUUACCCAAUUCACCUAUAGCCCAUGUCAUUGGACUGUGGGGGAAACCGGAGCACCCGGAGGAAACCAACGUGAACAUGGGGAAAACAUGCAAACUCCACACAGAAAUGCCAACUUGCCCAGCCUAACUCAAACCAGCGAUCUUCUCGCUGUGAGUCGACAGUGCUAAUCAAAGAGCUAAUGUGCCGCCCCUAAAAUAAUUUCGAUUUGCAAAAAUGUAGAUGGCGCCCGCUAAUUGAUUUGCCGUCUUAAACGUGCAAUGAAACGUACCCAGAGCAAUGGGUUUUAAAUUUAGCAAAAAUGAAGGCUGAGGUACACAUUUCCAAUGAGUCUAGGUUGAAAUAUGGGCACUUUUUAUUUAAGAUAUCCGUACUGAGGGCACUGGUCUGCUAUGAUACUGACAGGAUGUAAUUGUAAAUUCAGACUUUAUUUGAAUGUUGCUGCACACAAAGCCAACACAGUUCAACUGCACUAAGGGAAUUGAAAUCAGUUUAGGAGAAUACGCUACACUUAAAAAAAUUAAAUAAAAAACUCUGCUUGUUCAAACGACUUAUUUAAAAUGAGCUUAAAAUGACACAAUUCUUGAGAUUUGACUGGGACAACUUAAUUGUUUCAUGUUGAAUCCACUAAAAUUUGUUAAGUUAGUUUAACCGAUUUUGUGUUGGGACAACAUGAAUGAAUUGUGUGGAACCUUACAGUGUACACUGUUAAAAUUCCUUCAUAAGUAGCUGAAAUAAUUUUUUAAGUGUAGAAAUGUAACUCUACACAGUACAUUCAGGAUUAUUCGGUACGGUCUUCUUCACAUUUAAUCAUUGAGAGUUGUUUUGAGAAAGUUGCAAUGUGUGGGCAGAAGAAGGAAGCUUCCUUUGAUUUACUUGAAUAUGAUAGCAGCUAGAGCUCGAGUCGCUCCAAAAUUCAGAGUUUUUUUAAAUGCAUCGGUAGUCUCACCUGAAUCGAAACUCGAAUUAAAACAGCUAGGUAACACUCUAGGCUAGUUUUUUAACCAUACACCAAACAAUUGCAAAGAAGAGCACUUGUGCUUUCUGCGAGCCAUCUAAGUUACGAUUUAUGGCACAGCUUACUAUCAACACUCCUGUAAAUUGCUUAAACUUUCCUAACUUUAUUAAUGAUUAUUUUAGCUUCAUUGUGUAUUUGACGAGAAUUGGAGGCAAGCAGAGUACGGCUGUUUGUAAAGCAUAGAGCGCCAUCUGCUGUUAAAGACUAAGCUCAGAAUCAAUUCAAGGAAAAACAGUGACGUAUUUUACAAAUCUUAGAAUCGAUACAGGAUUGAUUUCUCUAUUUUUCACCACAGCUCUAAUAGCAGCUACCGGACAUCAUUAACUGGAUAACAAGCUAUAGAUUGUAAUCAUCCAAUUUGUGCCAAAAUGCAUAAAGUGCGGUGUAAAAACUCUAUGGCCAGCACUGUAAUGAUGCCAGAAAUCAGUUUUACUCUUAGUACUUUCAUCUUUUUAGUGCAGUAGCAUUUUGUGAGAUGUUAAAGAACGGGAUCGUCUGUGUUUGCUGUAUUGCUUCAGUUUGAUGCCUUCUUUCUAAACGAAAAUCUAAAUUCAUCUUGGCUCUUUGAGUCAAUGGCCAAUAUCACAUCUGUUAAUCAUCCUUGAACCCAUUUAAAGAUUGUACCGUUUGUUCUUCUGUUUGUCAAAUGUUGUUUUUGUGUAACUUUAAGAGCACCUUAUCGUCUUCAAUGUACCUUGCAACCAUUGUCAGCCAUUAUUAAAUGCAUCAAUCGCCAACCAAGCAGGUUUUAUUAAUACCAUGCAGUAAAUGAGGAGAAUGUCUAAAGGCAGAUAUAGUACAAUAUAGUAGUAUAAUAAUCUAAUAUUUCACGUUUUGUACACUACAUUACAUACAUUUAUGGUUUUUUUAUUCAGCAUUAUGAUGAAUAAACCUGAGGGAAUACUUUUAGAAUGUUACAAAUGAUUUUAUUAUUAUUAUUUUUUAAAUGCUUGUUGUAUUUGAAGUGUCUAAUCCUGCCAGACUUGAGUAUGUAGUGAAGAAAAACAGUAAGCAUUUUCAAGAAGGUGAAAUGUUUCUGCUAAUCAAAAAUUCUGAAAACUGUCCACAAAUAUUUGAAAUAAAGAGUCUUGGGGGCUACCAUAACAUAGGACUGGAUAAUAUAAUGUAUGAAAUUUGGCAGACAGAUAGAGAACAGUCUGAACAUUAAACACAGCAAUUUUAGAGUCUCUAACUCAAUCCCUCUCGUGCCAUCAUCUGCCCAAAUUAGCAGUCAUGUUUGUGCUCAUAACUAUAGAACCGUUUUUUCCUUCAAUUCUUUGAUUCAGUUUGGUUCAAUUGGACUCUUUUAUCAAAAUUUCCAUUAUGAAAGUGACAGAAAUUUUAACUUGGCUACCGUGUGAGACAUUUAAAUAACCUUAAAUGUCUAAACUGUUAUAAUAUUUCACAAUAUUACCGUUUUUAAUUAAACAACACAAUAUACGAAACUAGAUCAUUUUAAAUACUAGCGUUUUUAUGCAUUUUUUGAUCCAGUAAAAUCAGCCUUGGUUACCAUACGAGACAUUUAAAUAACCUUAAAUGUCUAAUAUUCCACAAUAUUACCAUUUUUCUUUAUACAACACAAUAUAAAAUACUAGAUCAUUUUAAAUACUAGUAUUUUUACGUAUUUUUGGAUCCAAUGAAAUCAGCCUUGGUUACCAUGUGAGACAUUUAAAUAACCUUAAAUGUCUAAACUGUAAUAAUAAUUCACAAUAUUACCGUUUUUAUUUAUAUAACACAAUAUACAAAACUAGAUCAUUUAAAUAGUAGCAUUUUCACGUAUUUUCGAUUCAAUAAAAUCAGCCUUGGUUACCAUAUGCGACGUUUAAAAACAUUUGAAAAAAUCUUGCCCCAAAUUUUUGGAACAAAUGUGUGGAAUCAAAUUCAGGCUUUUAAAAUAUUCAAUAUUGUUGAUCAGCAUAUCCAACACAAUCUCGCGGCAAUUCGUAACUUUUAGUGGCUAUCUCGUAUAAAACUGUACAAUCUCAUUCAUACAGUUUAGUACGAUUUGCUUAUCCCUCAAUGACGGUUGGGUUUAGUGGUGGGGUUGGGUGCCACAUCCCCUUUUUAAAAUCAUACAUUUUCAAAUGACUGAACUCGUACAAAUUAGCACGAGUUAGCCACUAAACGAACAAAGCAUAAAAUAGUUAUGUUUUAAUCGUGAGAUCAGGCUGGCAUAUCACUUAUACGUUAGAUUUUUACUCUUUAUUCGUAGAUGCAAAACACAACGCAUAUCUCCAAAAUCUUGCUGUAUUGCUAUAUUAAUGUGCAGGCAAAUGUUUCAUACUAUGCUGCCAUGUCAAGGUGCAUUCAUUUUACUUUGUGUACGUUAUAUAAGCUAGCGGUACGAGCGUUACGAAGGUUACCGAUGCCAUUGUUCAUUUUAUUUGAGGGAAAAUAAUUGCCAUUAUGGCCAUGUUUCAGUCGUUUAGCCCUUAGCGCAGCAAUAUAACCUACAAAAUGCCUGUUCUGUGAGCUCACCAUAGAUAUAAAAAUGGGAAAAAGCCCCUUGUCUGCCAUUUUUAAGCUCUCAUGGUACAUAUAUAUUGACGUGCCAUAAGACUGAUAUGAUGAAGUGAUGAAUGCAGAUGCCUGUAAUCCCUUUGUGUCUCUGCUUUGGUUCAACACUCCCUGUUACUACACUGAAGUAGAGUAUGCCUUAAGUCAAGCUAUACAGUGGGUCAUGUUAUUUAUUGCCAGUGGUAUGUUUUUAAUUUAUUGAUACACAUGACUUUUUCAACUAUUUUUGGUACAUUUUCUUUCCUGAAUUCUCUCCCCUUCUGUUGCUGAGUAUGAUUGUAAAGCGUGAACAGUUUCCAUACCAGUAUUUAACAAUGUUUGUUGUUCCGUGUAGUGAAUCAUAUCAGUAAAUACAUCUGAAAUAUACAAUUGGA